AUAGUAAACGUCAAUAUCUCAAGAACGGUGCCAAGCGCAAAGAGUAAACGUCAAAGGCGCAAGCUCGAGAGAAACUUUCUUGUACGCGCGCAUAUGCCGAUGUCGAUGUCGAGGCCAUUGUCAUUCGGCUACGGGCCAAUAGGGGAUGUAUGUUUGAGUAUUUUUAGUGCUAGUUAAAUUUUACUAAAUUUUAUCCCAAUUUAUAUUAUAGUUUGAAGGUCCAGUGUUUAAAAAGGUCGACGAAAUGGGGUCGUUAUUUCGAAGUGCGGAAAUGACUUUAUGCCAACUGUUCUUGCAAAGUGAGGCUGCUUACGCCUGUGUUUCGGAACUGGGAGAACUAGGAUUGGUACAAUUCAGAGAUCUAAAUCCUGACGUAAAUGCUUUCCAACGUAAAUUUGUUAAUGAAGUUCGCCGAUGUGAUGAAAUGGAAAGGAAACUCAGGUAUCUCGAAAAAGAGAUUAAAAAGGAUGGGAUCCCCAUGCUGGAUACUGGGGAAAAUCCCGAAGCUCCACAGCCUAGAGAGAUGAUUGAUUUGGAGGCCACCUUUGAAAAGCUUGAAAACGAACUCCGGGAGGUGAACCAAAACGCCGAAGCUCUCAAAAGAAACUUCUUGGAACUGACUGAACUAAAACAAAUCCUACGUAAGACGCAAGUUUUCUUUGACGAGGAUUAUCAGGAACAUCAUUUCACAAACUCGAAUUCUACGGCCGAUAUACAGAUUGAGAAUCAAACUAGGACUAAUAAUCGCGAUCAGCCUUUCAUUUUUUUCUUCGUCGCUGGAGUUAUUUUGAGAGAAAGGAUCCCGGCGUUCGAAAGAAUGCUGUGGAGAGCGUGCAGAGGAAACGUCUUCUUAAGACAAGCUGAGAUCGAGACUCCCCUAGAAGAUCCAGCAAGUGGAGAUCAAGUUUACAAAUCCGUAUUCAUAAUUUUCUUCCAAGGAGAUCAGUUAAAGACGAGAGUGAAGAAAAUCUGCGAAGGAUUCAGGGCUACACUUUACCCUUGCCCAGAAGCUCCUGCCGAUCGCAGAGAGAUGGCUAUGGGUGUCAUGACAAGAAUUGAAGAUCUCAAUACUGUUUUGGGCCAAACUCAAGACCAUCGCCACAGAGUUCUUGUAGCCGCUGCUAAGAAUAUUAAAAAUUGGUUCGUUAAAGUCAGGAAAAUAAAGGCCAUUUACCACACAUUGAACUUAUUUAACUUGGAUGUUACUCAAAAAUGUUUGAUUGCAGAAUGUUGGGUGCCAGUACUCGAUUUGGAGAAUAUCCAAUUGGCAUUAAGGCGUGGAACUGAACGAAGUGGCAGUUCAGUGCCUCCUAUUUUGAAUCGAAUGGACACCGCCGAAGACCCGCCAACAUAUAAUCAUACGAACAAAUUCACAAAUGGUUUCCAAACUCUAAUAGACGCUUACGGUAUCGCUUCGUAUAGAGAAAUGAACCCAACGCCGUACACAAUUAUCACUUUCCCAUUUUUGUUUGCUGUGAUGUUUGGUGAUUUGGGUCAUGGUCUUCUAAUGGCCGUCUUUGGCGCAUGGAUGGUAUUCAAAGAAAAACCUCUGGCUGCGAAAAAGUCAGAUAAUGAGAUAUGGAACAUCUUCUUCGGCGGUCGUUAUAUAAUUCUUCUUAUGGGUUGCUUCUCGAUGUAUACGGGUUUCAUUUACAACGAUUGUUUCGCAAAAUCAUUGAACUUAUUUGGAACCAGUUGGGAAAUUCGGAACAUAUCAAAAUAUUUUGAACCGGGCCUGUACGUUCUAGACCCUAAAACUACAGAGAACUAUGCAGGAACACCUUAUCCAAUCGGAAUGGAUCCCGUUUGGCAGUUGGCCAAGAACAAAAUUAUUUUCCAGAAUUCCUUCAAAAUGAAGAUUUCCAUUAUUUUGGGAAUUCUGCACAUGUUGUUCGGUGUCGUAAUGAGUCUUUUAAACAACAUGUAUUUUAAGGACAAGCUCAGCACACUAGCAGAAUUUAUCCCCCAAGUGAUCUUCCUCGUUUUCUUGUUCUUCUACAUGGUUAUCCUGAUGUUCAUUAAAUGGUUCCUUUAUUACGCUAACGAAGUUGAUACUGACGAAGCCUUCCAAUUGGGUACACGAUGUGCUCCAAACGUUCUGAUUACGUUUAUUAACAUGAUCCUUCAAAAAGAGACUCCCUUCGAGAAGCGAUGUCAAACUUACAACAUGUAUUCAGGACAGUCGGGUUUCCAGAAGUUCUUAUUUGCCUGUGCUAUGAUUUGUAUACCAUGGAUGUUGUUAGCAAAACCAAUAGUCAUCAUGCAAGAACGCAAACGUACACAACAGUAUUCUGUAACUCACCAACAGAUGCAAUCAGCUACAGAAAAUGGAGACGCCGAGCAACCAAUGCACAACAACACCUCACAGCAACCAGCAAUAGGUGGAGGCGGACAUGGUGACCACGAAGAAGAACCUAUGAGCGAAAUCUUUAUUCACCAAGCCAUCCAUACCAUUGAAUAUGUUUUGGGAUCUGUUUCUCAUACUGCUUCCUAUCUUCGAUUGUGGGCUUUGUCUCUUGCCCAUUCACAACUUUCUGAAGUGUUAUGGCUUAUGGUUUUGAGUAAAGGGCUGAAAGUUGAUGGGUGGGCUGGAGGAGUAGCUCUGUAUGUAAUAUUCGCUUUCUGGGCUGUUCUCACCGUCUCUAUAUUGGUACUCAUGGAAGGACUAUCAGCAUUCCUGCAUACUCUUCGUUUGCAUUGGGUGGAAUUUCAAAGCAAGUUCUACAAAGGUACUGGUUAUGGUUUCCAGCCGUUCUCGUUCGAAAUCAUUCUCGAUUCUGCUUCUCAAUCUAAGGAAGAAGUUUAAACAAACUAUACAAUAUAAAUCACGUUUCCAUGUUUGGUGUGUACUUAUCAAAAAAUAUACCCUCAAUAUAAUACAUAAGCAUGUGUUGUAGCAUACGUUAAGUGUAAUAGAAAUAAUAUCUCAUUUUAUUAAAAGAAAAACACAUUUAUUGAGUUUUCUUGAUAUUUCAAGUAUUAAUGAUUGAUUUUUAAAAUUCUUUUCAUUUGACAUUUAAUUAACGAACGUUAUUCAUAUCAUAUAAAUUAAUUUACGUUUUCCAAUUUAUUUAUUAAUUCAACAAUCAACGGUUGUCUAAUGAGUAAAAGAUUAGAAAAAUUCAAAAUGGCUCAUUUUGGUUUUGACGAACCAUUAAUGAGUUAGAAUUCUAUGAGGAUUGAAGUACUGUAGUUUAAAUUUUCCAAGUAUAAUGUUAAUAUUUGUUUAGUUAAAUGUGGAAUUAAGAAAUCACACUAUUUGAUUACAUUUUAGAAGGAACAUGAUCCGUUUUAUAAUAAACAUUAAUCAUGAAAUAUAAUCUAAUAAUAAUAAUAAUCAAUUUAAAUGAAGUUGCUGGUGUUCUGUGGCAACAAUCUAGGAUAAUGUUUUAAAAACAUAUAUAUGAAGUCUCGUUUUUUAGGUUUAAAUCAGUUUUAUCGUGUAUGCUACAUUUCCGUAAACAAACAUCUAGAUGUUAAUCUUUUUUUUAUAAAUUAUUAACUAGUUCUUAUUAAUGCUUCAAAUAAACUGUACAAUUUUA